AGUAAGUGUUCGUAAGGACAGAGCUCGGAGUAGGCCAAAAGGAAAUUAUAAUCUAGUACAGUAGCAUCUUUGUAUAGUCUGGGUGGUUAUUGUCGACCUUUUGACAUCGAUAACAAUCGAUAUUCCUGAAGACAGGAACUAUCGAUUGCUAUCGAUUUUUGCCAAUCGAUUUUUAUCGGAGAGCCGCCGAGAACCGCGGGACGUUUGAUAUGGGCUUACAUGUACCGAGCUCGACAUGGGGUAAAAAUGGGGUUUUCUAUGUUUUGUCUGGGAGUAGAGGCGUGCAAAAUCUUGAAAAAUAAACCCCGCAGUCUCUUAAUUUUGUCGAGGACAUUAUGUGCUUUGACAGGGCAAAUUCCAAGGCGGUCAUUUCUCUACAUCCCUGGGAACGACGAACGAAAAGUGUCAAAAGCCACUGGUUUGAAUUCUGAUUGUGUCGUGUUGGAUUGUGAAGAUGGAGUGGCAACUAACAGGAAGGUAGAAGCAAGGAAUACCAUCCAUAAUACUCUUGGUCAGUUGAGUUUUGGUUCCAGUGAAGUAUGUGUCCGUAUCAACUCUAUAGAGACUGGCUUGGCAGAAGAUGAUCUGAGAGCUAUUUUAACAGCAAAGGCAUUCCCUCAGUCCAUUGUGUUACCCAAAGUUGAGACUAUGGAGCAUUUAGAUUGGAUAAGUGACAGAGUUUCUUCCCUGUUACAAUCAAGAAGUGGAAGACUUGGGCUUAUCACUCAAGUUGAAAGUGCUCUAAGUCUUCUUAACCUGCGUGCUGUCUGUGAACAUGGCACUUCUCAAGACGGUCCCUUUAGGCUUGAAGCUUUAGUCUUUGGAUCUGAUGACUUCCUAGUCAGUAUAGGAGCUACCCGUACUAAAGAUGUGAAGGAGUUGAUUCAUGCACGCCAGAGUGUGGUUGUUCACGCCAAAGCUUACGGACUCCAAGCAAUUGACAUGGUGUAUAUAAACUUCAAAGACCCCGAGGGUUUACAAGCACAAGCUGAGGAGGGUGCAAGGUUUGGUUAUACUGGUAAACAGAUAAUACACCCAGGACAAAUAGACAUCGUAAACAGAGCAUUCUCACCGAGUGAAGAGAAGAUCAAAUGGGCAAGAGAUCUUGUAAAAGCUUUUGAAGAGCAAGAAAGAGUUGGAAAGGGAGCCAUUGAUUUCCAUGGUAAUAUGAUUGACAUGCCAACAGUCCAGCAAGCGAGGAAUGUCCUUAGACUGGCAGAGGCGACAGUGAGGAAGUGAAUUAGACCUGACAAGCUUUCUUUGCUUGAGACUAAUAAUGCAUUCAGUUGACAUCAGUGUCCAAAAAUGACGAUGGAUUUCGUCAUCACAGGCUCCCAUUUUCUCUGUUUGUGAUCGUGACUAGUCAUUCAGGUCGUCACAAAUUGAAAACAACUAUGGAGCUUCGUUGGAUCGGUGGCAAUCGGUAGUAUUAGAUAUACUUCAUAUUUGCUACUACUUUACGAGAGAACAAGCCAUGAAUAGAAAUGUGUGAUAGCUGAACAACUCACGGUGAGUGCAGUGUGCAUGCACGACUGAGACCACAUGCACGCAAAGGAAACGCAAAAAGAAUUUGUUAAAUGGCUAGAGAUGGCCGUUAACAUAUAGGGCUAAGUCUAUUACUCCCGCCAAAUAGCCUUGUAUGGUUAUGAAUUCCCCUAUUUUCUCCUAAGCUUGAUACUACCGCUACCGGAUUAACGUUAAUUAGGACUCAUAAAGCAAUCCAGUCACCCCACCCACCAGCCGUAGUCAGUCUAUGCAGACAGAUGUCUCGUGCUCCAAAAUUGAUAUAUAUAUAUUUACUGAAACUAGUCCCGUCCGGGCUGGCUAGGUUAGUCCAGAACGCAAUUUUGUGGCACUGUGUGAUACUCUUCCGAGGCGAAUUUGCUGGUCAUUCAUCAGUUGCCAUCUUUGAGGGAUGGCAGCUGGCGACAUGCAUGCCCUGUAUUUCCCACUUCCAACUCUUUAGUAACUCACCGUUGCCGGAAACUUUUUUUACAGAGUUAUGUAUAGAAUUUUAAUAGUGUUUUUCUAAGUCAAUAGCCUUCGAAGAACAAAGAAGCAAGUGUGGAAUAUUUCUUUUAAAAAGAUUAAACAUGUGUUUUUGGGGGGGAUGAAAUUUUUAUAUAUGUUUUCACCUUCCUCCGACAUAUAUCCACGCCAUUCCUAUUUUUGGUUGGGAUCAUUUGCUGUCCAAUAUGGGGAUCAUUUGCGGUCCAAUAUGGGGAUCUUCUUUCCAAUAUGGGGAUCUUCUUCGGUCCAAUAUGGGGAUCAUUUGCGGUCCAAUAUGGGGAUCUUCUUCGGUCCAAUAUGGGUUCAUUUGCGGUCCAAUAUGGGGAUCAUUUGCCGUCCAAUAUGGGGAUCAUUUGCGGUCCAAUAUGGGGAU